AUGGGCAAAUCUGUAGAAGAUGAGGUAAUUGUUGAUGAACCCAAAGAAAGUAAUCUAGUAGAGUCUGAGAAGUUGGAUAGUUCUACUGAUAAUUUGGAGAAGGAAAACGAGAAGGAAGAGGAAGUGAAAAAGGUUGAUGAUGUAAAAUUUGGCAAGUUCAUGGCAAUGCUCAAGCAAUUUACAAUUAAUGUUCCUUUGAUUGAGGCACUUGAGCAAAUUCAAGGCUAUGAAAAGUUCAUGAAAGACCUCAUCACAAAGAAGAGAAAGGCUGACCUAGGAGCGUUCACUAUUCCGUGCAAAGUUGGGUCUCUAGAUGUUGCAAAGGCAUUAUGUGAUUUGGGUGCCAGCAUGAAUCUGAUACCACUGGCUGUAUAUAAGAAGCCCUGUUUACAAGUUUUGACACCCACAAACAUGCAAUUGGUAAUGGCAGACAGGUCGAUAAAAUGGCUUAUUGGAAUUUUAAAUGAUGUGUCGGUAAAAGUAGCAGACUUUAUUCUUCCUGUGGAUUUUAUGGUGGCUAAGCAAGCCAAGUGGUGCGAGGCACAUCUAUAUGCUUUUGCCAAACAGCUUGCUGCUACUGUGGACAAAAGAAUCAAGGUUGCACUUGAGCCUUUUAUGACAUUGCCUGGGCGGGUUGCAGAAUUGAAGAACAGAUUUGAUGCCUAG